AUGGAAAUCAUUUUUUUUCAAAAUAACUCUUUUUCCAAAAUUCUUGUGUUUCUAUAGAUGGUUGUUUUCGCCAAAGCACCAUACGUGUGAAAAGGUUCCUGUGUGACCGUGUGAAAGGAAUGAUCUCCACUGGUUCCUUCUCUUCCCCCCCAUUUCCAAAUUCUCUCUCUCUGCUCUCUCUCUCUCUCUCUCUCACGCGCAGAGAAACCCAAAAACCAGAAAAGAAAAGCAUGAAGAUGGUGGGUUUGCAAAACUGGGCUCAACCUCCGCAAUUUAUUUCAUUUAAAUUGCUCAUGAGUUGGUACUUUAAUUUCUUCAAUGAAGUCAGGCCUUUCUUUUUAUUGAACUUCCUGGGUCUAUUAUCCUCCUAUUUGUUGGUUAUUGAGUUGUGCAAAUUUUAUUCCAAAAUUCCAAAGACGGCAAGUCUGUUGAUCCUAGUCAGGGAUGGGAUCUACAAACCGACAGGGAUUCUGAAUCUCUCAGAUGACAAUGAGAGAAUAGUUGCUAAUGAGACACCACCAUAUUCACAGGUGUCUAGCAUUUGGAGAAUCAUCAAGUUCAACGUAUCUUAUUUUGGAGAACUUCGGACAGCUUGUAGAGUUUGGAAAGACUACUGUGCCACGAGGGAUGCAGUAGUGUACAUUGUGAAUGCUGAUACCAGGAGGAACAUGGAGCAAGUUUUGGAGGCAAGAAGAGAGCUACAUGCUCUACUCUCUGAUGAAGAAUUUGCAAUUGUUCCGCUGCUUAUAUUUUGCAUGACUGAAGAACCUUCUUCUGCAUCAGAAAAUGAAUUGUGUUCCCUCUUGGGCCUGUCAGACAAAACCACAGGGAAGGGUAGGGUAACGCUGUCAGGCAAUGCCCGUCCCCUUGAAGUUUUUAUGGUUGAACCUCACAACUUAAAUCAGUAUCUAAAUGCUAUCGAGUGGCUAUCUCAGUACGUCAAGAAGUAGGCAUUAGAAGUGAAGACUGUUUCAAGUAGAGAUUCUGGGUGCACUGUCAGUUAAAUUCUUGAUAUAUUAUUCUUGAUUUUUGAUUGCCUGCUGUAACAAAUACAACAUGAGAUCCAUACUAAGGAACUCUCUACAUUAUUAUUAUUAUUUUAAAUAGAAAACACACAAACUUCAUUAAUAAAUCAAAGCAAAAGAUACAUCAUGGAAAAGAGCCUGUUCACUAAAAACUCAAAGAUGCCUAAAGCAUGUUUAGUACUUUAGUUAACAGGUGAACAUGCAAUAUUGCCAUUCCUACGAACAUGAGAAAAUAAAACAUUACGAAAUUCAUAGGAAGUAGCUUGCACCCUGUAAAUCAAAGAAGCAAUCGAAGGAGCAUGUGAAUUUUCAUGAAGAGCUUGAAUGAUAGUAAGAGAGUCCCCUCCAUAUCUUUAGCAAACACCAAACCAGAUUCAAAGGCCUUCUCUUCAACUUCAAUAGCUCCCAAAGAAUACCGAAAUUUCUUGCUAAGACCUGUAAUAAAGUUUCCCACAUGGUCUCAGAUAACAACCCAAGUCCAACUUCUUU